AUUUGACGGCCAGAACCCCACAAAAACACGAAAAAUAAACAUUGCCACGUCACCAAAAAUGAGUAAUAUAUAAACUGGCGCUUAUCAUUGUUAUCAUUCAACCUUUUAAACUUCAAAACUGAUGAAAUUUUUCACUUUUCUUCUCGUUCUUAUCACAACUCUCUCAGUUCUCUUUUCCGGCGUCUCGGCAGAAAUGGACUCAAAAACACCGGAAAAUGCUCCAAAAUCUAAUGCUCCAGAGCACAUCCCUGGCUCCAACAUGAUCGGAGCCGGUAGGGGGCAUCGUGUGCAGAACUGGAAGAGCUCACAGGGAGCUACAGACAAAUCUGACCAACCACAACAGCAGCAACAUCAGGAUCAGCAAAAAUAAUUUGUUUUUAAUUUUGUUUAAUUUUGUAAAAAAAAUGUGUUUUAUAUGCGAAUAAGUUAAACCCGUUUAUUUCAAUAAAAUUUUUAAUAAAAUAUACAA